UUUUAUUUUAUUUAUUCGAAAGAUCAGCUUAUGAAACUUUUAUUUUCAACCGAGUUACAGUUAUGUCAUACUGUUUUUAGCAGCAAAAAAAAUGUCCAGUGAAGUUUUGGAUGUGGUAGUGAUCGGGGCUGGGCUGUCCGGUGUCGCCGCUGCCCAUGAACUUUUCCACAAAAAUGCGAAAUUGAGAUUUGUUAUACUGGAAGCAAAAGAAAGGAUUGGAGGAAGAACACUUGGGACCAAGUUGAGGACCAGCAGUGGAGAAGAUUUCUGGGAUCUUGGUGGGCAGUGGAUUGGCAGAUGUCAACCACACAUAUACAGUCUGGUUGAGAAAUUACAAUUGAAAAUGUAUGAACAAAGUUGUAGCGGUAAGAAGCUGGUGCAGUUGGACAGUGCAGGGUCCAUUAUGCAGUACACCUCGGACAUUCCACCCAUCUCUCUCCUUGCUCUCCUUGAACUUCAUUGCUUCAUAUGGAAGGUUUCCUAUUUCAUUAAGAAGAUGGACUCUAAAGUCUUCAUGUCCAGUGGUUUGGUGGCAAAACUUGAUGGCAUGACUGUUGAGCAGUUCAAGCGGUCAUAUUUCUGGACUCAAGGUGCAAAAAAUGCUCUAGACUCUUGUUGCAGAUGUAUAUUUGGAAGCGAUCCUGUCCACAUGUCCAUGCUUUAUUUCCUUAUGUACGCACACAGGUCUAACAAUUUUGAAGCACUCCUGAGUUGCAAGAAAAAUUUUGGAGCACAGGAACUGAAAAUUAAUGGUGGAGCAUGGCAGAUAUGUCACGAGCUGAUGAAACAAAUUCCCGGUGACACACUGAAUACCUCAUCCCCCGUAGUGUCCAUUGAUCAAAAGCAAGACAAGCAUGUGCAUGUGAGAGUUCUGAAUGGAACUGUUUUUGUUUGCCAAUAUGUUAUCCUCGCCAUACCUCCAAAUGAAAUAUGUAAAAUAUCAUUCAAUCCUUGCUUGCCAUUGCAAAAGUUUAAUGUACUUCAACGAAUGCCUGUCGGUUGCUUAACAAAGAUUAUUGUAACUUACGCUGAGGCCUUCUGGCAGAAGAAUGGUUUCUCGGGUGAAGUGUUGACAUCAGGAGCCAAUGGCGCUCACCCACUGUGUGUUGUGUUCGAUGCCACAUCGGCAAACAAAAAUCCCGCCCUCGUUGCCUUCGUUGGUGGCACGCAACAAAUCAAAUUCUCUUCUGUCCAGGAGAGCAGUCGCAAGAGUUUGGUGCUUGAAACAUUGGCUUCGUUUUUUGGAGCCGAGGCACUUCAUCCUUUAGACUAUAUGGAGAAAAACUGGAACGAGGAAGCUUAUAAUGGUGGCUGUCCUGUCAAUGUGGCCACACCGGGAGUCUGCACAACUCUUCACACUGCGCUCUCCAGACCAUUCUACAGAGUAUUUUUUGCGGGAACUGAAAGUGCAUCAAGAUGGUGUGGUUUCCUGAAUGGAGCUGUACAGGCAGGACACAGAGCAGCCCAUGAGGUGCUUUACAAUGUUUCACCCGAAUGCGUUACGGACAAGGAUCUUGUCGAUACUUGUUACGCCAACGAGGAGGCCCAGCCGACGAAUGAGCUGCCGAAUGCAACACCUUUCUGCAAACUCGCCAUCAUCACGUUCAUUGCAGCAUCUUUAUUAGCAUACAAACGAUUUUUUACAUAAUUUUUUUCUGUCUUAAUUUAUUACUUUGUUUUAUGUUAUUUUAUAAAUGUUUAUUAUUUUAUGCAUGUUUAUUAUGUUUUAAUCAGUAUAUUUUUUUGCUAUUCUUAGUUUGUACGUAUAUCAAGUUUCGAUAAUAUAUAUAUACUAAAUAUGUAUAAAUAAAUAAAAUAUGUUUAAGAAAAGGAAAUUUUUAUUUAAAUCAAUUUCAAAAUUU